AAAAUAUUUGUUUAAAAAAAUGGCAGAUAGGUUAAUAUCUCUAAUACAGAGAAAGCUCCUAAAAGUUAAUUUUUUUAAAAACAAAACAAAUAUGAACAUGCAAUUCAUGGAAAAUAUUGAUGACUAAUAAACAUACAAAAAGAUCCUCAACAUCAUUAGUCAUGGAUAUGCAAAACAGUGACAUUUGAUUUUUCCUCUAUCAGGGUGGCAAAAAUGUAAAACACAGAUAAUAUCUAGGGCUGACAAGGACAUGAGGAAAUGUACACUAUCAAGCAUGCUUGGCGAACAUCUGAAUCUCAUCAACUUUUUUGGAGAGCAAUCUGAUUACAGUAGAAAAAAAUUUUAAUGCUCAUAUUCUUUGACCUAGCAAUCCAAUUUAACUUAGAAAAAAAUAAUAAUUUGAAAAUACAGCCUUUAGUGUCUCUCUCUUUCCCCCCCCUCGUCUAUCUAGUACACCUCACUUGAUUUACUGUCUCACUUUCCAGCCAGCUGGACUCUCAUGCUCAAGCCGUCCUCCACCUCCCUCAGACUCUAGCUAACUGAAGCUAGUGCCUGGAACAGGGAGAUGGUCUUGAAGCUCUGAAAGGCUUUGUCUAGUGGGUUCCCCUGUGCUUUCAGGAGAGUGAGGCCAAGGACAUUAGCUGAGUCAACAUUUGCUUCGAAUUCCUGGGCCUGCUGACAACGCACACUACGCUGAUGGCACCUGGCAGAGGCUGCUGUGCCCUAGCUCUCCUGCUGGCAAUUUUGGACAUCCCGCCUGGUGGAGGCAUAAACAUCACCAGCUCAGCUUCCCAGGAAGGAAAACGACUAAACUUAAUCUGUACUGUGUGGCAUAAGGAAGAAGAGGCUGAAGGGUUUGUAGUGUUUUUGUGUAAGAACAGGUCUGAGGACUGUUCCCCUGAGACCAGCCUCCAACAGCUGAGACUUAAACGGGAUCCUGGGAUAGAUGGUGCCAGUGAAAAAUCAUCUCAGUUGGUGUUCACCAUAAACCAAGCCACACCGUUGGACAGUGGGACCUACCAGUGUUGUGCCAGAGGCAAGAAGCCAGAUAUUCUCCUUCAGGGCCAUUUUUUCUAUGUUCAAAUCACAGAGACAGGGAACUAUACAGUGACGGGAUUGAAACAAAGACAACACUCUGAGUUCAGCCAUAAUAAAGGCACUCUCAGUUCAGGCUUCCUACAAGAAAAGGUCUGGGUGAUGCUGGCCACCAGCCUGGUGGCCUUUCAAGCUCUGUAAGUCUUGUGCCAAAAGAAACCUAAAACAAAUAUGUUACAG